UUCUACGCGGCUGGCAAGCCAGUGCACCCAACCUCACUUGCCGGAAUUUUCUCGCUGCGUGUGCAAAUGUCAAGGUGUGCGUCCGCUGAUAUCGGCCCAGUGAUAACACACAUUUCCCUGAUGUUUAUCUAAGUGCUGGCAGUGCUGAGUGCGUCCCCAAGUGUCUCCGUGGCUGUUCGUGGCAAGUGCGCCUCUGCCACGUGUGCGAAAUGCAGCUGCAGCUCCGGCUCCUCGGCUUCCUGCUGCUCCUGACCGGCGUGCGGGCGUACGACGUGAUCUACGCCCUCAACGCCGGCGGCGAGAGCCACUCCGACCGCCACGGCAUCACGUACGAGCGCGACCCGCUGAUGGGGAAGGUGGGCACGGCGUCGGACUACGGCAAGAACAUCCACAUGAUCGCGCGCAUCGCCGACGCGGACAAGAUCCUGUACCAGACGGAAAGGUACCACACCAGCAACUUCGGCUACGACAUCCCGCUGGCCGGCGACGGCGAGUACGUGCUGGUGCUGAAGUUCAGCGAGGUGUACUUCAACGCGCCCAACAUGAAGGUCUUCGACGUGGUGCUGAACGGCGAGCACACCGUGGUCAGCGACCUGGACAUCUUCCAGCAGGUGGGGCGCGGCACGGCGCACGACGAGUACGUGUACUUCAGCGUGUCGCGCGACCGGCUGUACUACAAGGAGGACGAGUCUGAGAUCCGCGACAAUCGCGUGCGCGUGGAGUUCAUCAAGGGCUUCCGGGACAACCCGAAGAUCAACGCGCUGGCGCUGCUCAAGGGCGACCUGGAGGGCAUCCCGACGCUGCCGCGCCAGAUGGUUGACCCCGAUGCGGACUUCUUCGCCGCUCCAGAUCCCGUGAAGCCCUCGUCGAUGGACAGCUCGUCGCGCGUGCGAAGCGGACCGCCGCAGCCGAAUCCCUACUUCAUGGACGACUCCUCGAUGAUGCUCCUGCCCAUCUUCAUCGCCAUCGGGGCCUUCUUCCCGCUCCUCUUCUGCCUCUGCAAGUUGUGAUCUGCUCAUCCUGCACAAAAAAUACUCACGCACGCCUGGCGCGCAGGCGCAAAAGACACACGCGGAACACGUACUUAAGACGCUCCCGGACACUCGCUUGUGUUCUCUAGUGAAAAAUCAUUCCCGGCGCAACUAAUUGCCCUCGGUCAUCGAGCUCAAUCUCCACGACUGGAUUGUCUGUGCAAUGUUUUACCUUUUUACACGCAUAAAUUUAAGUUAAAAAGAAAAAGAAAAAAGACAUAACGAUAGGAAAUAAUAAUUAAUUAAUAAUAAUUUUUUUUUUUGGGAGAAACAGGACGAGGAAAAUCCUCAAUCCCAGCGCAAAAGUACUAAAAAAGAAAAGUACUGAAUUUGAGGGGAAAGUUCUUCUGUAUUUAAAUUUAAACCACUCUUCUCUCUCUCUCUCUGUCCUUCUGAUUUCGACUUUACGUGUGAGACAAUUUGUAAUUUAAGAAUUUGGAAUAAAUUACCAAUGGUGUGUGGAUUGUUAAGUAACGCGCAAAGGUCAUCAGUCUUUGAGGUGGGUUAGGAACCUCCUGAAGAUUCUCCAGCUGAAAAGACCAAGGAGAAAAAAGAAGAUAAUUUUCCUUUUUUAUGAAUCUGCCGAGCGUAUUUUACGGUCAUUGAGCAAUUUUCAAAAUAAAUAAA